UUUACCGGACUUCCGUCUUCUACACAAACUCUCCGUCUAAUUCCCGUCGCUGGAGUGGGAAGCGUGAACACCGGCUGCUGUGGCGGCGAUGGAGAAAGGAAAAGGAAACAGCAUGAAAAUGAAAUCUCCGAAUAAAAAAAUCACCCUCGAACAGUUCGUCUCCAUAAUGGCGCCGCUCAUCGACAUGGAAAAAGAAGCCGAGAUAUCACUUUCGAUGAGCUCUGGUGCCACAAGAAGCUUGGAUAUUGCUCAAAAGAAGGGUUCCACUAUUCUGAAUUUGAAGUGUGUAGAUGCUCAGACAGGAUUGAUGGGGAAAAGUCUUCUCGAGUUUCAAUCGAAUAAAGGGGACGUGCUCCCUCCUCACAGGUUUGGAACUCAUGACGUUGUGGUUCUGAAACCAAACAAAUCUGAUUUGGGGUCUCCUCCCCUCGGGCAGGGUGUUGUUUACAGAAUAAAGGAUUCAUCUAUUACUGUUGCUUUUGAUGAUAUACCGGAAGAAGGUCUGAAUAGUCCCCUACGCCUUGAAAAAUUGGCAAAUGAGGUCACUUAUCGUCGGAUGAAAGACACGCUGAUUCAGCUAAGUAAAGGUGUGCAGAAAGGUCCUGCUGCCGAUCUGGUUCCUGUCUUAUUUGGCGAGAGGUUACCAACAGUGUCCAAGAAAGAUAUCAAGUUCACUCCUGUAAACUCCAACCUUGAUCAUUCACAGAAAGAUGCUAUUUCAAAGGCUCUUUCAUCUAAGGACCUCUUUUUGCUGCACGGACCUCCUGGAACUGGGAAGACUACUACUGUGGUUGAAAUCAUCUUACAAGAAGUCAAGCGUGGAUCAAAAAUCCUUGCUUGUGCUGCUUCUAAUAUUGCAGUUGAUAACAUCGUGGAAAGACUUGUACCUCACAGAGUUAAGCUGGUAAGAGUGGGGCAUCCUGCACGCUUACUUCCUCAAAUAUUGGACAGUGCUUUAGAUGCACAGGUUCUGCGUGGAGAUAAUAGUUCCUUAGCAAAUGACAUUCGCAAGGAGAUGAAGGCUUUGAAUGCUAAGCUUUUAAAAGCCAAAGAUAGAAAUACUAAGAGAGAUAUUAGAAAGGAACUUAGGACUCUAUCCAAAGAAGAGCGUAAAAGGCAACAGCUGGCAGUGACCGAUGUGAUUAAGAAUGCUGAUGUCGUAUUGACAACCUUGACUGGUGUGUUGACUAGGAAGUUGGAAGGCUUUACAUUCGAUUUGGUUAUUAUUGACGAAGCCGCCCAGGCAUUAGAAAUAGCAUGCUGGAUUGCUCUUUUGAAGGGUUCAAGAUGUAUAUUAGCAGGCGAUCACCUCCAGCUUCCCCCAACUAUUCAAAGUGUUGAAGCUGAGAAGAAAGGAUUAGGAAGAACCCUAUUUGAGCGCCUUGCUGACUUAUAUGGAGAUGAUGUCAUGUCUAUGCUCACCGUUCAAUACCGCAUGCAUGAACUUAUCAUGAAUUGGUCAUCCGAAGAACUCUACAAUGGCAAGGUUAAAGCCCAUUCAAGUGUUGCAGCCCAUACUUUAUACGAGCUUGAGGAUGUCAAGAAGUCAUCUUCUACGGAGGCGACACUCCUUCUCGUUGACAUAGCUGGAUGUGAUAUGGAAGAGAAGAAGGAUGAAGAAGAUAGCACGUUAAAUGAGGGUGAAGCUGCAGUUGCUGUAGCACAUGCUAAGAGACUUGUCGAAAGUGGAGUUCAAGCUGCCAACAUAGGAAUUAUUACACCUUACGCCGCACAGGUUGUGCUACUGAAAAUGUUAAGAAGCAAAGAAGACAAGCUAAAAAACGUGGAAAUAUCUACAGUUGAUGGUUUUCAAGGCCGUGAGAAAGAAGCAAUUAUCAUUUCAAUGGUUCGGUCGAAUUCGAAGAAAGAGGUUGGCUUUUUAAGUGAUCGCAGGAGAAUGAAUGUCGCUGUGACACGAGCAAGGAGACAAUGUUGCAUUAUUUGUGACACCGAGACUGUUACUGGCGAUAAAUUCUUGAAGCGCUUGAUUGAGUACUUUGAGGAACAUGGUGAAUAUUUAAGCGCUUCAGAGUACGGCACUGAGUAAAUCGGAAAUUCUCUUCAAGAAGGUUCUUUUUUGUGAACUGGAAGCAUCUUCUCAAGGAUUCUCAUCUCACGAUUAGAUCCUUUGAUUUGACACUUGCGAAAUACAUGGAACAUAUGUUGCUUGAUUAGUUGACAUUGUUCUAAUGUGUAAUGGAAACAAGCUAUAAUUAUUUAUCUCGUCUUUUACCUGUUUUGACCA